CUAGGCACCGGUGCUAAACAUUCAUCCGGAAUUUAGCUUGGCUCCAAUUUGUAUUUAUACAUCUGUUUUCUCUUCCUGUUAUCCACGGCAUCAAAUUACGCCUAUCAUCCUUCAGAGCAAGUGUUAGGGCGGUUUUUCCUCCCUGUGUGGAGUCCGUAUGGAUGCGCCAGAGGGGAGCUCUGCGCUCAUAGGGGAGGGACGAGCGAAGUCAAGUUCGGAUCAGAUCAGGAAGGAGCGCACCGGCAGACCAAGACAGACAUCACGGGAGAGACGCACGUUUUCAUGCCAUUUCACAUUAUUUCUGUCUCGCAUCGACUGAACCCAAAAAGUGAAGAGGCUCCCCAAACGACACGGUGGAAAGAUGCAGCCGGCGGCGAGAUGGACUUUGCUGCUUGUUCUCGUGGGUUUGAUGGCGCACGACUGCUUUCCAUCCAAGGCAGAGGACCGGCUGUUCAGGAAACUGUUCCGAAGAUAUAACCAGUUCAUCAGACCAGUGGAGAAUGUCUCUGACCCCGUCACUGUAGAGUUUGAGGUCUCCAUCUCGCAGCUUGUCAAAGUUGAUGAGGUGAAUCAGAUCAUGGAAACAAAUCUAUGGCUCAGACAUAUUUGGAAUGACUACAAGCUGCGAUGGAUGCCGUCAGAGUUUGACGGGAUUGAGUUCAUUAGAGUUCCAUCAAACAAGAUCUGGAGACCCGACAUUGUGCUCUACAACAAUGCUGUAGGUGAUUUCCUGGUGGAGGAUAAGACCAAGGCUCUGCUGAAAUUUGAUGGUACCAUCACCUGGGUUCCUCCAGCCAUUUUCAAAUCCUCCUGCCCAAUGGACAUCACUUACUUCCCUUUUGACUAUCAGAACUGCUCCAUGAAGUUUGGCUCCUGGACUUAUGACAAAGCCAAGAUUGACCUGGUACUUAUUGGGUCUAAGGUGAACUUGAAAGACUUCUGGGAGAGUGGCGAGUGGGAAAUCAUUGAUGCCCCAGGCUACAAACAUGAUAUCAAGUACAACUGCUGUGAAGAGAUCUACCCAGACAUCACCUACUCCUUUUACAUCCGGCGCCUGCCACUCUUCUACACCAUCAACCUCAUCAUCCCCUGCCUCCUCAUCUCUUUCCUCACAGUGCUGGUUUUCUAUCUCCCGUCUGACUGUGGAGAGAAGGUCACGCUCUGUAUCUCCGUCCUGCUCUCCCUCACUGUGUUUCUACUCGUUAUCACCGAGACCAUCCCCUCCACGUCACUGGUCAUCCCGCUCAUUGGAGAGUACCUGCUCUUCACAAUGAUCUUCGUCACACUCAGCAUUGUUAUCACUGUGUUCGUGCUGAAUGUACACUACCGCACGCCAAUGACCCACACCAUGCCGGGCUGGGUGCGCUCUGUGUUUCUUAAAGUGCUGCCGAGGAUUAUGCUGAUGCGGAGACCGAUUGACGAAGACAGCAAGGCUGGGGGGUUGGACACCAGUGGGGAGGCAGGAGGAGCUGGAGGGGGAGGAGGAGGCGGAGGAGGGAAAGGAGGGAAGAAAAGGAAGAAUAGCUUGAUACAGCAGGUCGGAGGAGGCUCCCUCAACUGUCUGGAGUUCGGGGACAGUAAGCUCUCAUCCAUGGAGGGCUGCACUGGGAAGAAAUGCCCUUGCCCCUGUCAGCAUGGGAAGGAGACCCCAGAAACACCAGACACGGGGAAGAUGACACGUCAGCUGAGUCCACAGAGCAUCAGCACAGUGGUGGCCUUUUCUGUGAUGUCACCUGAGAUCAAACAGGCCAUCGAGAGCGUCAAGUACAUCGCAGAGAACAUGAGGAGUCGCAACAAGGCCAAAGAGGUGGAAGAUGACUGGAAGUACGUUGCCAUGGUGAUCGAUAGAAUCUUCCUUUGGGUGUUUGUGACCGUGUGCGUCCUGGGAACCGUGGGCCUCUUCCUCCAGCCUCUUUGUGGCUUUGUCUCGUAACUGCUAGCUGAUCAGGGUUAAAUGCCACCCUGUGCCGACCAAUCCUGAACAAGUGGCUGACUCUCAGUUCUCAGUUGACCAUUCAGAGUUUUGAGUCCUAAAGCGCUAUUUGGUGUGCUGGUUUUGCUUCUUGCCUUUUUUCAGAAAGCAGUAAUAUAGAAACAGUGAAGCUGAGGAAAAAUUAUUUAAAGUUUUCAGACUGGCUGGUAGACUGCGUAACAGACACAAAGUUUGUUAUGCCUUAUUUUAAUCUAAAAAUUAUUACCAUAGAACUUAUGUAAUUCCUAAAAAGGCUGCACCCUGCCUUUGGAUAAACAUGGUAUCUACAAAGUAUGUUCUUUCAGCUUUCUCGACUAUUUGAACAAGUUCAAGAAAAUAAAUUUUAUUUUUAUUAUUUAUAAUUCACAUUAUAGUUUUGUCACAGUAAGUUAAGUUAGAGAUAGUAACUUCAGCCUGACCACCAAUACAGAGCAGUUACUGUGGUUUGGCUUUUGUAACUACUACAAAUUUCACAUGCUGGCUGGGAUCAAAAUUUGGCACAUCCAGUAGUCCUUCAGGACAGGAACCUGAGAAUUAACAUCCAACAGAUGUUAGCGAACUGGGAACUUCCCACAUUCAGUAGACAUGACACAAACUCUCUACCACACUGGACUCAACCCUGCAGCCCCCAUUAAGCUGACUGAUGACUGUCACACCCGCUCCCCAGGCUGAUUCAUCAAGCUGCUCACCGUUAGAGUCAAUCGCGCUCACUGCUUUUUGUGUCAUUUCCAAUUAGAAUUCAGAUUUCUGCCGCACUUGGCAGUGCUUUUAACAAAUAAGGGCAGGCUGUGCUUUUUGUAAUUAGAAACCAUGUGUUUAUAAAUGUUCUUUCUGAUUAAUGUUCUAGAAGGUAAUUGGUUGGCCUGGUAAAUAUUGGAUUAAAUGGUACUUGAUUAGUUG